CAACUUUGUGAAUCCUGAGGGAAUCAGCUGAUUUGUAUAGCCCAGCUCGUCAGCUGUGGUUUUUUUAUCAAGAAUAAAUGUUUUUGGUUAAAAAUAGUGAAUUAUAGAAAAUUCAACAAAGUAUUAUACAAAGCCGUACAUAACGUCGGACGUACUCAGCCAGCUGACUACCAGGGAUUCAAGUAUAUACCUAUUUUAAAGCUCAAGAACUAUGGGUGGCGGGGACUUGAAUUUAAAGAAGUCGUGGCAUCCGCACACCAUGAAAAACCAGGAGAAGGUCUGGAAAGCGGAACAAGCAAAGUCCCAAGAAGACAAGAAACUCAAAGACUUACGCAGAGAAAUAGAGGAAGAAAAAACACGUGAGGAGCUUAAGCAUAUCGGUCGUAGUUCUGGCAUACUUCCACAAGAAGACAAAAAAUUGGAAUGGAUGUAUAAAAGUAGUACUGAUCUUAUAAAUCGUGAAGAAUACCUACUUGGUAGAACCAUUGACAAAUCUUUUGAAAUGCUGCAAGCAGAAGAGCAACGAAAGGAUCAAAAUAUCGUUGGUGUAAAGCAAUCUAUAAAUCAUGUUGAACACGAGUGUAUACCCUUUUCAAUACGUGCAUAUCGAAAUAUGGAAUCAACGGAGCAAGUUGAUUUGCAGCGUAAAGUCAUGGAAGAUCCUCUAAUGCUAAUAAGGCAACGCGAAAUGGAAUCAAGAAAAAAAAUUUUGGAAAAUCCUGUAAAAUUAAAAGAAUUACAUCGAAUACUCAAAAGUGAUCAGUUGCUCAAAAAAUCUAAAAAGGUAAAAAAGUCCAAGAAACUAAAGAAAAAACACAAAAAGCGUUGUAAAUCAUCAACGGAUGGAGAAACAUCUGGUUCCGACUCAGAUAGCGAUACUGCAAAGGAUUUAGAUAAAGAGUUAGCUAAAAAAUAUAAAAAACUGAAUAAAGGAGAAGAGUUUUCGGGCUUAAAUCUAUCGAAAUUGUUAGAUGCAAAGUUUGAAACUAUCACAAAAGAGUUGGAUAAAGCAGCAGGAAGUAAGCGUAAGAAAGAUCACCGAAAUCGCUCAAUAAGCAGUGAUAGUGACCACCGUAGUAAGAGAAAAAGCCGUUCAAGAGAUCGAGGAGGAAGAGAGCGUGAAAAUUAUCAUAACAAAAAUUAUAGCAAACAGCGAAAAUUCAGAAACUCGCGUUCAAGAUCCCCGAAGGACUAUCAUCAACGCCGGCGUUCUGACGCUCGUUCACCUGCAGAACCGCGUAAACGACAAUACUCUACUUCACCCUCCAUAGAGAAGGAAGUAAGUAAAGCCGCAGGAAGUAGACAUGCUACUAAAAAUAAGCGUUCAAGUCGUUCAAAAAGUAAGGAUCGAAGUGACACUCGUAAAAACAGGAAUCGUUCGGGUGAUCGGGAAAGAAGAACAAGAGCACAAGAUUAUAAAAAGUAUGAAGGACAACAAAAUCAAAGGUCCCGAUCGAGAUCACCCAAAAACCAUAAAAGCCGACGGCGUUCACCAACGCAAUCACCCAAAGAAUCACGAAGGGGAGGCCGCACAAAAUCCCGAUCACCACAACGCCGCCCAAGAUCAAGGGACCGUAACGAAAAUAACUCACGACAUGCUCGGUCUAGUGAAAGUAAAAGCGGAAGCUCACAAAAUAAGUUAAGCGAUGCGGAAAAAGAAGCACGCCUGCGUGAAAUGAUGGAAAACGCUAGUUGGCGGGAAGAAGACCGCGUCAAAACGGUGCAAAAGCACCGCGAUGCAAAUGCCCGCGAAGAAGAGCACUACAAAAAGCAGGAAUUUGAUAAAGAAUUCAUUAACAAGGAAGUUAAAAAAGCUAUUGCCAAUCAAUCAUCCGUUGGGUCACGAAUACGUUCAAACUUGAACAAUAUCCAACGCACCUCUGCCGCUAUGAACUCAAAUUUUACGAGAAAGUAGAUUAGAUUGGCAUAUUCUGAUAAUUUGGAAUUUUUUUGUAAUUAUAAGCAAUGCUUUACAUAACAGCAAUUUAUACGUAAUCAAAAGUAUAAAGGUUUUAAUACUUACUUUUAA